CAUCAAGUAAACUAACCCAGCGGUAGUGCAACGUGGCCUGCACCCAAUGGUAGUGUUCACGAAAUUGGGAGGAAUGCGAGUUGUAGGAGAGAUUAGGUGAAGAAAUCGAAGGCCGAGGUUGAGCUGAAAAUGAAGUUUUGUUAUUUACACUUAGAUCACCUAAUUGUAGAAAUCGCACUUGUUCUCGAUCUCUUGAUGUCUCCGCCCACCUGUUUUCUUCUAAAUAAAUAAAUCUACAUCCCUGCCUCUUUCUCUCUUUGUACUUUUUGCCUCUUGAGCUCAUUGAUUCAAUCAAGCACCAGGAAAAAGAGGUAGAAGAAGAAGAAGACGCUCUUGGAAAUGACUGGUAUUGUUCAAGGGAUUGGUGCCUUCACUUCCGUCUAUUCAGCCAAUCCUUUCAACUCCAAGAAAUUCCACAUCUUUUCUUCCAGAUCUUUCUCAGAGAGGAAAGACAACAUUUUCGUGGUUAGAUGUGGAAGAAGUUUUUACUCUGAUCUAAGCAGUAAUGGCAAAAGAGCUCAACAGUUUAUCUCCAAUGCUGUGGUGACGAAGCAGGAUAAUUCAGCAACUUCAACGUCAUCCAAGCCAGGACAUGAACUUUUGCUGUUUGAAGCCCUGAAUGAAGGACUUGAUGAAGAGAUGGCGAGAGAUCCAAGUGUGUGUGUAAUCGGCGAAGAUGUAGGCCACUAUGGAGGCUCCUACAAAGUGACCAAAGGCAUGGCUGAAAAGUAUGGUGAUCUAAGAGUCCUCGACACCCCAAUUGCUGAGAACGGUUUCACCGGCCUUGGCAUAGGAGCCGCCAUGGCUGGUCUCCGCCCUGUUAUUGAGGGCAUGAACAUGGGAUUCCUCCUCCUUGCAUUCAACCAAAUUUCAAACAACUGCGGAAUGCUCCAUUAUACAUCCGGCGGUCAGUUCAAGAUACCUGUGGUGAUCCGUGGGCCUGGUGGGGUGGGCAGACAGCUAGGAGCCGAACACUCCCAGCGUCUGGAGUCAUAUUUCCAGUCAAUCCCCGGAAUCCAAAUGGUGGCAUGCUCAACCCCUUACAAUGCUAAGGGGUUGAUGAAGGCAGCCAUUAGAAGCGAUAACCCUGUGAUUCUGUUCGAGCAUGUUUUGCUAUACAACCUUAAAGAAACAAUCCCAGAUGAGGAGUAUGUGCUGAAUCUAGAAGAAGCCGAGAUGGUGAGACCCGGGGAACAUGUCACUAUCCUGACCUAUUCUAGGAUGAGGUACCAUGUCAUGCAGGCUGUCAAGAGUCUUGUGGAAAAAGGGUAUGACCCUGAGGUGAUUGACAUCAGGUCACUGAAACCUUUCGAUCUUUAUACGAUCGGGAACUCGGUUAAGAAAACUCACCGGGUGGUCAUUGUGGAAGAGUGCAUGCGGACUGGUGGGAUUGGGGCUAGUUUGACUGCUGCUAUUACGGAGAAUUUCAAUGACUACUUGGACGCUCCUAUUGUGUGUUUGUCAUCACAAGAUGUGCCCACACCUUAUGCUGGCGUGUUAGAGAAUCUGACCGUCGUACAGCCUCCACAGAUUGUUACUGCAGUAGAACAAAUUUGCCAGUGAUUUUGUGUUGAGAAAUAUAUGUGUUUUCAUUUCAGUGUUUUGCUGUAUGUUUAGUUUUGUUGAGAUUGUGUUUCAGAACUUAUUUGUAACUUUUAUUUUAAUUCUUAAAAGGACUUUAUUUGGAUUUUGACAAUUAAUUCUAUGCAUUGUAAGAAUUUGACAUUAAAUACAACUACAACAUUCGAGCCUUCAUCCC